ACGUGUAUUUAUUUGAUCAAGCUAUUACGCAAGAGCAUGUGUUCGUUUACGUACCAAACGCUAUCUACGUCUUAUCCGUGACGUAAUGGCGCAAGGCGGGCCCUCUAAAUUAAACAAUCGGUUUUUUGCACCCUUUAUCACGGGAGCGCGGACCGGCCACAUAAAAGCCGUGGAAAACCGUUCAGGACACACAUUACUUGUAACGCGGCGAACUGAACAUAACCGGCCGGUCGUCCUGAACGCGCUUAAUCACGCCCGUAUUUAUUGCAACGUUCGAAGUUUCGAACGCAACUGUUUACACCUGUUCUGAAUUUGAAUUGUGAAGUGAUUGUGUUUUGUUGAGUGACAGUUGUGACAGUUCAUGCCAAAGAUUUUUUUUUAUUUAUUAUCUGUGAUAAAAUAAUGAGUAAUUUAAUCGAUAUGUGCAAUUGCUGCAAUGGAUGUUCCUCAAGGAGACAAGGAUAUACUUUGAAAUUAAGUUUUCCCAAAAAGCUUUUGGUAGCUACUUCAGUACUAGUGAUAUUAGCAAUGGUUGUGAUGCCAUCGGAAGCGCGGGCGUUACAGCACAAAAUCAGGCAUGAGAGGCGGCAGCAUGAUGCGGUAGCACUAACCAAAGACGCGAGGAUCAGGCAGGAGGAGCUGAGGCGACGGCCGCACAGGAGGCCGGCGCUGCUGCCGCAGACCAAAGACCCGGCAGAGAGACUGAGGAACUUAGAGGCGGAACGCUUCAAGAACGCAACGAGAACGAUUCAAAAGAAGUUAAAAAACACAAGAAGGUACUUCAACGAAGAGAGGAAAGUGCUGAACGAGACGCGGGAGUACCGGGACGGGAUGCCUGCCUGGCUGCCCACCAUCAACUUCGUCGCCAUACAUUUCCACACAUACAAAAAACAAGGCGCGACCCUCUCCGAACGCAAAUUUGCGUAUGUGAUUCCGAAGCUACACAAAUCGUUGAAGGAGUUCCUGGAGAUAUUCGAUCGGCUUUAUAAGGUCGAAGUGGAUUUCGCUGAUGAUCCCUUCAGCAACUACAACAGAACCCGCCACGAGCUGAUAUGGAACACGACGCGCAGGCUGUACAGCACCAUCGCGGAGAUCGAAGAAAACAUGGCGGCUGUGAACGUGCCCGAACAAAACUUCACGCCCAGCAAGAGUCUACAAGCCUUAGAGAUGAAAGUAGACGCUCCCCAGUGCCUCAAAAACGAUUACAUCGCGUUCCGAGCGUACGGGAACCUUCUCAACAAUUGGUUCUCCGAGUUCAAGUGUCCGCAUGGCAAGAAAGUCACCACGAAGAACGCCAAAUGCGCCGCCUACGAGGCCAAACUGAUCGAAAAGAAAAACAAAAGAAACAAGAACACGGAAAGAUAGUUCAGUAUUGUGACGUAAAUUAAUCUUCGCUUCGACUAAUUAUUUAUUUUACAAUCGGUAUUGUCCCUUUUGUACUUAUUUAUUGAUAGUGUGUAAGCGCACGCUCUCUAACACGACAGACGUUGGUUGUAUUCGAAGUGCUUGACGAAACAGUGUUUUGUUGAUUAAGUAUUGGGUACUUUCUCUGUGAUAUUUAGUAUUCUGUAGAUAUUAAUCAUUAAUUUAUUGAAAGUUUUAGUUUGUAAGUUCUUCUGUUCAGUUCCUUUGUACUUAACUGUUAUACGGCUUCCGUUUCUCGUUACUACGACGCUUUAUUAUUAAUUUAUCUUAAUUUAUUGGAUUAAACCUAUGACUAUUUAUUAAAUUGACAUUAAUCUCUAUUAUUUGUAUUCUUGUACGUUCGAAUCUGAUUCCUAUGCAGUGCAUUAACAAAUUCUUAAUCUCUCUUAUUUAAUGUAUCUCGAGUAUUAUUAGAAGGUAAAACAUGCCGUUUUAGCCAAGAAAGACUUUUAGCCUUAUAGUAAGUUGCUUAUUUAUGUAAUAAGUAAAUUAUACAUAAGUUUGUAUAGAAAUGUGCCGUUAGAUGUAUGUGAAUUAAUGAACUGAUACCAUGGCAAUAUUACCUAUGUUUUAUAUACGGAUUGCAUAAUUUCCAAUGCAAAUGUUGUUACUACAUGUGAAAUAUGAGUACAUGAUUUAAAUAAUAAAAUGAAAUAAAUUGAUUCAAUCACUUA